GUGGCGCCGCAGGUGGAGGUGAGGAAAUUCGCAGCUGGGCGCUGUAAACAAAAGGAAGGCAAAUAAUUCUCACGUGGGACAACAAAACAUAAGGAUUUGUCUCCGUUUUAGCUCCAGUUGGCUUAAAAUUUAGGCACUAAAUAAUGGAGGAGGAAGAGCAGAGCAAGUUGCCGACCUCGACGGAGCCGGUGGACAACGCGUGGAGUUUGAAACUGCCCGAGUUCAAGGCCGGAGACAUGAAGGCUAGACUGUUGGAGGAAAGUUCGUUCGCCACCCUGUUUCCGAAGUACCGAGAAAAGUACCUGAAAGAGUGCUGGCCGCUGGUGACCAAGGCCCUCGAGGAAUUCGGCAUCACCGCCAAUCUGGACUGCCUUGAGGGCAGCAUGACCGUCAAAACGACGAGGAAGACGUGGGACCCGUAUCUGAUUGUCAAGGCCAGGGACAUGAUCAAGCUGAUGGCCCGCAGCGUGCCCUUCGAGCAGGCGGUGCGGGUGCUGCUGGACGACAUCAGUUGCGACAUCAUCAAGAUAGGGUCACUGGUCAGGAAGAAGGACAAGUUUGUCAAAAGGCGGCAGAGGCUGAUUGGACCGAACGGUUGCACCCUCAAGUCAAUUGAGUUGCUGACCAACUGCUACGUCCUGGUGCAGGGACAGACGGUGGCCGCUCUCGGACCAUACAAGGGUCUUCAGCAGGUGAGGAGGAUUGUCGAGGACACAAUGAACAACAUUCACCCAAUUUACAACAUCAAGGCCAUGAUGAUUAAGCGUGAAUUAAUGAAGGACCCAAAACUCAAAAAUGAAAACUGGGAACGCUUCCUGCCGCAGAUCCACACCAAAAACCUCAGCAAGCGGAAGCAGCCCAAGAAAAAGAAGGUCAAGAAGGAGUACACGCCGUUCCCGCCUCAACAGCCAGAGAGCAAAAUUGACAAGCAACUCGCUUCGGGUGAAUAUUUCCUUAACGAAGCGCAGAAACGGGCGAGGAAGAGGAAGGAGCGGGAUGAGAAACACGAGGAGGCGGCCAAGAAGCGGCAGGAAAAGAGGCAGCAGGCGUUCCAACCCCCUGAGGAGCCGUCGACCAGCAAAGCACCGCCGGUCAAAAGUGAUGACAAAAUCGACGUCGAAGCUUUUAAAAAUAAACUGAAAAAGUCGCAGAAGAAAAAGCAGAAAUUGGCUUGAUGUGUUGAAACUAUUGGAUGUGAAAAUGUUGAAUAAAAUUGGACGAGUUUACGUAUAAUUACAAUGAAUUUAUUGUCAUAAAUUUAGCUGUAGACAUUUACAGUGAAUCGAUAGUGUUUGCUUUUUUCCGUUAUGUACAAAUUUUAACAAAUUGCGAGUGUCCUCCCGAUGUAGUUUUCCCAAAGACACUGUCAAUCUCAUUUCACGAGGAAUGUUUUAACUGAAUCACAUAUCAGGAAGCUGAAUACAAAAGUGUAUUGUUCACUCUCUUUAAGUACUUACAAUUACAUUCUCUCUCUUUUCUCAAUAAUACUCUCGUCACAAUUUGAUUUUCCUUCUUUGAAUACUGACUAAAAAUAAGACGUCAUUCUUGAGUAAUCGAUUAUUAUUAUUGUCCGUGUGUGCCGACUUCAGAGCACACGACAUUCAGUGGCACAUGAUUAUUAAAAAGUUCCCAAUAUUUAAUACUUUAUGUCUUAAAAAAAAACCAAGGCUGUGUGCCAAUUGAGGAAUUGUGCCCUGCCACAAUAGGGGAAAGCAUCUCUCUUGCCGAAAUUUAAUUGGCCCCAAGUUGUGCAAAUGAAAGUGAGCGAGAAAAAUUAAUCAACCGUAAUCAACUAACCCCGUGUAUUGUCUGUGAUUCGCUUGAGAAUGUCAUCAU